CCGGAAAAGGCGAGGCGUUUUGGCUUUCAAUGGUACGCAGCUACGAAGAGAGAGUAUAUUGCAGGAUAUGUCUGCUUUUGUGAAGAAACACAGAAGAAGAAAUGAUGGAAAAGGGAGAGAAGAGGUCAAGCCAUCGAAGCUAGAAAGGGCCUUUUCUUAUGUACCAUGACAUCUAUAAAAUAAAUCUCAUCACCUAAUCAUAUAGAGAAUUGAGAAAGAAAAGUCAGAGAAGGUUCUGCCGUCGAGCCAAACCUCUUUGGUCGUCCACUUUAGCACCAAACACUCUCUCUGUGGAAGAGCUUGGAAAUGGCCAUAGUACCCGCUUCAAGAUAUCACUGCAGAAAUAGUGGGAGAGGAUGCUGAGCAGAAGGAGCGGAUACAUCAAGAAUUUGGCAAGGGAUGGCUUCGAAGUUGAAUUCUUCUGUUUCCUAUGGCGUCGUCCUCUUCUUCCUUCUAGCAGAAUGUUCGUCAUCUUUUCCUUCACUUUCAGAUGGCAUCUUUGAAAACCAGGAAUCUGGUGCUCGAACUCGAGCCCUACUUCAGAUCAAAAAGAGUUGUCCCGUAGACUUCGAGCACCAGAACUACACGAUCAUCACGAGCCAGUGUAGGGGGCCCAAGUUCCCUGCCAACAACUGCUGCACGGCUUUCAAGGAGUUUGCCUGUCCUUACGCUGUUGAGCUGAAUGACUUGACUAACGAUUGUGCGACAAUCAUGUUCAGCUACAUAAGAACAUACGGGAAUUACCCGCCUGGUUUAUUUGCAAACAAGUGCCGUGAUACAAAGCAAGGCCUUGACUGCACUUCUGUCAAUAUCUCACCGUCUUCUCCAUCCUCCGAAGACUCAGUGGGGAAUAAUGGUCGACGACAAGCUAAAACGCAGAAGUUGCUUUCUGUGGUAGGUUGCUUCCUGAUUCUCCUGUUUCAGUUGUAAUGUUGUCCCGUUUUCCCUACCACGCUCUGUUCGAGAGAGGUGAGAUUCUCUUUUCAAGAUUGUAGGUUUGGGUAGAGUUUGGUCAGCUUCUGAACUUGUAAUGAUAGAAAUUCCUAUUCCUUUCCCCAGCUCAGUUGCUUUUACGAUGAUACGAAUCAGACAAUUCAUGUUAUAUGACAUGGCCCAGCUAAAGCAUGAGCAACCGUUGGUAAUAGUAUCUGCCUCUAUUUGUCUA